UGAGUGGACUACGGCUUUUUUGCAGAUUUGAGACUACGUUUUAAUUUGAGCUACCGUUCUCAGUGUGAGAAAGCGUUUGAGUUUCUCCGAAACCAGUCAGGGCCGCGCCUAUUAGAAGAAGAGACUGGUCCUCUUUGUCAAACCCUCUGAAAUUUGCUUUUGUGUACGGCUGUCUUUGGAAGACGUUUGGACAUUUUCGGGCUCUUCUACACGAUGAAGACUCUUAUUGCACUAUUUGUGGUGGUAUUUGCAGUGGGUGCCUACUCACAAUGCACCUGUGACACCAUGAAAUGGGCAACUUGUGAUGGUGAUCCUUGCCAGUGCACUGUCCUUGUUGGGUCAAAUCAGAAACAAGUUCUGGACUGCAAAAAAUUAAUCCCAAAAUGCUUCCUGAUGAAGGCAGAGAUGCACCGUGCUAGGGUAGGCCUGUCUACCCGAACCAUUGGUGGGAAACCGGUCGAGACUGCUUUUGUGGACAACGAUGGUAUCUAUGAUCCUGACUGUGAGGCAGACGGAAAGUUUAAGGCCAAGCAGUGCAAUAACACAGAGGAGUGCUGGUGUGUCAACAGUGCCGGCGUACGCAGGACAGACAAGGGUGACAAGGACAUGAAAUGUGAAAAACUGGUAGAGACCUACUGGGUGCGACUGCAGCUGAAACACAACGCAACGUCUGCAGCAGUGGAUGCCACAAAGCUAAAGACCGGGAUAGAGAAUGCCCUUCUGGAACGCUACGGACUUGCCAAGAACUUUGUGUCAGAGGUCCAGUAUGACAAGGACGGUCGUUUGAUCGUUGUGGACGUGAAAAAAGAGAAAGGCGAUCGUACAACCGACCUCUCUCGGAUGGCCUACUACAUGGAAAAAGACGUCAAGGUUCUUCCUCUGUUCAAGUCUGAGCGUCCAUUUGAGGUCAGCGUCGAGGGGCAGAAGCUUCAGAUGGAGAACAUUCUGGUGUACUACGUUGAUGAGGAACCACCUGCCUUCACCAUGAGGAGACUGACUGGGGGCGUGAUCGCCGUUAUCGUGGUGGUUGUGCUAGUUGUGAUUGGCGGGCUUCUUAUUCUGUACUUUGUCAGGAGACGGGAGCAGGCACAGUAUCGCAAAGCUCAGGGUCGAGAGAUGGAGCCCAUGUCGUAAAAGCUGCCUUUGUGUCAACCAUUUUGAAUUUUGAAAUUACUGAAAGUUUAUUCGCGUAGUUUGUUCAUUUUGCCUUAUACAAAGUUUUUAAAUGGGGAUGUAAUGAGAAGUGCCUGUUACAUGCUUAACACAGAAGUGAUUGGAUGGUUUUUUUUUCUUUUUUUCUUUCUUUUUUUUGCCGUUACUUUUAUAUAGCUAACUAUUGAAUGAAGCCUCAUUCACGUAACUCUCUCCUAAUGGGAUGAAU